AAUAAUUUGACAAAAAACUUAUAUUAAACUUAAAGAACUAUGUCAACAACGGAUAAAGCAAAUAAAUCAGAGUUGGGCACCGCAGAGCCUGCUGAACUUGCAGCUGGCGCCAGCAAUUUGGCGGAGCAUCUCUUCAAGAAGCCUCUGCCCCGCAUGGAAUUCAACAAGAAGAACAAAGUGGGAUUCACAUCGCCUGGCUAUGAGCUUAAGUACAAGCUUGAGGGUCACGUCAGUCACGUAACUGCAAUCAGAUUCUGCCCCAACGGUGAUUGGCUGACCAGCACAUCCGACGAUCGCUCGCUCAAGAUGUGGAGCAUAGAGACGGGUCAGCUCUUUCAGACAUUGGACACCGGGCAUAAGUUGGGCGUCAAUGAUGUGACCUGGUCGCCGGAUAGUAAAUUCAUGGCCAGCUGCAGCGAUGAUAAGACCAUUAAGCUCUGGCAUCCGCACAAUGGCCACUGCUUUAGGACUCUGGUGGGUCACACGGACAAUGUCUUCGCCUGCAGCAUUCAUCCGAGCUCGAGUCUGAUAGCGUCCACCAGUUUCGACUGCACUGUCCAGCUGUGGGAUGUCCGCAAUGGUCGCUCACUGAAAGUGGUGCCCGCUCACAAGGAUCCCAUUACAUCGGUGGACUUUAAUCUGAAUGGCAACCUCUUUGUCACUGGCAGCUAUGAUGGACUCGUGCGCAUUUGGAGCACGAUUAGCGGCAAUGUGCAGCAGACGCUCAUCGAUGAGGACAAUUCGCCGGUGGGCUCUGUAAAGUUUGCACCCAAUGGCCGAUAUAUACUCGCCGCCCACCUGAACAGUCGGAUAAAGCUGUGGAACUUUCAAAAGCCGAAAUGUGUGCGUAUCUACGAAGGCCACAUAAAUGUCCGGUAUUGCAUCACAGCCCAAUUCUCUGUGACAGCUGGCAUGUGGAUCGUGUCGGGCAGUGAGGAUAACUGCCUCCACAUAUGGAGUCUACAGAGCAAGGAGCUUGUCCAGAAGCUGCCAGCGCACUCGCAGCAAAUUGUUUGCAUCGACUGCCAUCCCACAUUGAGUCUGAUUGCAACGGGCUCGAUGCAACACAGUGAAAAUCUACGCGUAUGGCAGAGCAGCGAACUUGUAAUUGAAUAAGCUAAAAAAAGAA